GAGAGCAGUCCAACAGUUCCCUGGCCAGCGCGGCGAGUUGAAUUCACUUUUGCUCCCGUGAUUUGCACUUGUUCGCAAAUUGUUGUCACAGUCAAAUCUUCCUCAGCACAAUUAAACCGGAAAAAUUAGUAUUGUGAAAACUAAUUGAAAAGAAAUCAUGGUGCUGAAACUGGUGCAAGUGGUGCCAGCCCACGUGGGGAAAGGGUGGUCUUUGGAUUGGAAUCCGAACGGAGAUAAAUUGAUUUCAUGUGGAGAGGACAAAAUCGCCAAGGUUUGGCAAUUCAAGUCUGACAAUGGAAAAUGGUCAUUGACCUCGGAAUCAAAGUUUGCGGAAACCUCUCAUCAAAAGACCGUGAGGGACGUGGCGUGGUCGCCAUGUGGGAAAUUUGUAGUUCUGGCCAGCUUUGAUGCUCAAGUAACACUUUGGGAGAUCAAGAAGGGGAAGUUUGAUAUGAUUUCAGUAGUGGAGGGGCAUGAAAAUGAGGUGAAGAGUGUGGCUUGGUCACCUUCUGGAAAGUAUUUUGCUAGCUGUGGAAGAGAUAAGAAUGUCAUGAUAUGGACAUUGAUUAUCGAGAAGGACGACGUCGAUGUGGAAUGUGCCGGUGUUAUGACAGGUCAUACGCAAGACGUGAAACGAGUAGUGUGGCAUCCAUACGAGGAUAUUUUGGUGUCUGCAAGCUACGAUGAUACUAUCAAGCUAUACGAAAAUGAUAUUGACAAUGGAGAUUGGUCUACGAUCACAUCCUUAACGGGACAUAACUCUACAGUUUGGGGUAUCAACUUUGACUCUACGGGGAAUAGGUUCGUAUCCUGUUCAGAUGACAAGACUGUGAAGAUCUGGGAGAAGACUUCGCAAAAGACAUGGGUUUGUGUUUGCACCCUUGGUGGUUAUCACAAAAGAACAAUCUACGACGUGUCAUGGAAUAAGAUAACUGGACUCAUCGCCACAGCUUGUGGAGACAAUCACAUUCGCAUAUUCAAAGAACUGAUGGCAAUGAAUGAGCUGGAACGAAACAGAUUUGAACAAGUUUUCGCAAUCAAGGUAUCGAUUGCAGAUGUCAAUUGUCUUGCAUGGCAUCCUGUACACGAGGACAUCUUGGUUUCAACUUCGGACGAUGGAAACUUGCGCAUUUGGGAGUGGGAGGAUGAUUAUGAGAAGAUUUAGUCAGUCUAGUUUUAUACCGUGAUACUGGGUCCAUUACCGUUUUAUAUCAUAAAAAGUUCGAUCCUUUAAAAUUUAUAUUUUCCAUACUACUAUGUAACAACUUUUAAUUACUCAAUUGCUUCUUUCCAAAUGUGCCUUUUACAUAUAUAGCUUUAUUUUCAUAGCUUUGCGCCUCAAACAAUGUAACUUAAUCAGCUUGAAUAUAUUAUUUAAAAUGUGAAAGAAUUUAUGAAUAAAUUUUAAAAAACAA